AUGCUAUCUCGAACAUGCUCGAAAGUAUCGGGCUCAUCUUCUGUAUUAAGAAGAUUUACCCGUUUAUAUUCUCAAAAUAGUUUAUCUGUGCCUAUUACUUUACCAAAUGGUAUCAAAUAUGAACAACCUACUGGUUUGUUUAUAAAUGGUGAAUUCGUACCUUCUCAUUCUGGAGAGACAUUCAAAGUGUUAAAUCCAUCUACUGAAGAAAAAAUUACCGAUAUAUACAGAGCUGAUGUUGCUGAUGUUAAUACAGCCGUGAAAGCUGCUAAAAACGCUUUCGAUAACCACUGGUCUCAAGUGGAUCCCGAAGUACGUGCUCGUGGCUUAUUCAAUUUGGCUGAUCUGAUUGAAGAACAUGCUGACACCUUGGCAAGUAUCGAGUCGAUGGAUAACGGUAAAUCAAUGAUCUGUGCACGUGGUGAUGUAGAUCUGGUGUCAAAAUACUUGCGUUCAUGUGGUGGUUGGGCAGAUAAGAUUUAUGGGAAGGUUAUGGACACAGGCAAGGACCAUUUUGCAUAUAGUAUAAGAGAACCAAUAGGUGUCUGUGGUCAGAUUAUUCCAUGGAAUUUCCCAUUACUAAUGUGGUCGUGGAAAAUUGGUCCAGCUUUAGCAACAGGUAAUACUGUCGUCUUGAAGCCUGCUGAAUUGACCCCACUUUCUGCACUAUAUGCAGCCAACUUGGUAAAAGAAGCAGGUAUCCCAGCAGGUGUUGUCAACAUCAUUCCAGGUUCAGGAAGAGUCGUUGGUGAGAAAUUAUGUACCCAUCCGGACGUUAAGAAAAUAGCAUUCACGGGCUCAACUGUUGUUGGCCGUAAUAUCAUGAAGACAGCCUCCGACACUGUAAAGAAAGUUACUUUAGAAUUAGGUGGUAAAUCACCAAAUAUUGUCUUUGCUGAUGCUGAUAUUGAUAAAGCCGUGGAAAACAUUGGUCAUGGUAUUUUCUUCAACUCUGGUGAAGUCUGCUGUGCUGGUUCAAGAAUUUACGUCCAAGAUACUGUCUACGAAAAAGUCUUGCAAAAAUUCAAGGAUUACGCUGAAUCGUUAAAGGUUGGAAACCCAUUCAAUUCAGGUGUUUUCCAAGGUGCUCAAACAUCUGCUAAACAAGUAGAAAAGAUUUUGGCUGCCAUUGACAGUGGUGUUAAAGAUGGGGCACGUAUUGUGACCGGUGGUAAGAGACAUGGUAACAAGGGUUAUUUCAUUCAACCAACCAUCUUUGCAGAUGUUAGAGAAGAUAUGGAUAUCGUGAAAGAAGAAAUCUUUGGCCCUGUCGUUACUGUUUCUAAAUUCUCUACUGUGGAUGAGGUCGUUUCUAUGGCUAAUGAUUCUCAGUACGGAUUAGCCGCAGGUAUCCACACCAGGGAUAUCAACAAAGCUAUCAAUGUAUCGAAUAGAGUCAAAGCAGGCACCGUUUGGAUUAACACAUACAAUGCGUUCCAUCAAAAUGUACCAUUCGGUGGAUUUGGACAAUCAGGUAUCGGUCGUGAAAUGGGUGAAUCAGCUUUGGACAACUACACCCAAAUUAAAUCGAUCAGAAUGGCCUUAGAAAAUAAUCAAGUUUAG